AUGAAGCUCCUCGCACCGACCGUUGUUGCAUCUCUGGGAUUAUGCGCCGAAGCUACCCAAUUCGGUGCCAUCAAGGACGUGGUUCUUGGCAGCAAGAACGAAACUUGCUGUUCAUCGCUGAAGGAUGCUGGGCUGGCAAACAUCUUUUACGAAGAUGAUGAACAGUACAAAAUCCGGACGGCAUCGUACUGGUCCGUGAGCGCUCAACUGCAUCCCAAGUGUAUUGUUCAGCCGGUAUCUACCGAAGAGGUAUCUACGGCUGUCAAAACACUAGGUGCGCGAAGCAACUGCAAAUUUGCUGUGCGAAGUGGUGGCCAUGCAACCUGGGCUGGCUCCAACAACAUCAACGAUGGAGUGACGCUUGACCUCGGUCUCAUGAACGCAACCGUCUAUGACGAGGCAGCAAAUCUCGCACGUUUCCAGCCCGGAACCAGGUGGGGUGGUGUGUACGGCGCCCUUGAGCCUCAUGGAGUCACCGUCGCAGGUGGUCGAGCGAGCAGUGUUGGCGUAGCCGGUUUCCUGACAGGAGGAGGAAACUCUUUCUACACUGCUCGCCGAGGUUUCGCCUGUGACCAGGUACAGAACUUUGAAGUUGUUCUUGCCGAUGGCGAAAUCGUCAACGCAAACGCUACGUGUAACGAGGAUCUUUUCCGAGCCCUCAAGGGUGGCUCGUUCAACUUUGGCAUUGUAACCCGUUAUGACAUGGAGACUUUCACCGCUGGAGACCUUUGGGGUGGCUCGAGAAUCCACACCAAGAACUAUACACAGCAACACAUCGACGCCUACACGGCAUGGGUCGACAACGUCGAGAACUACCCCGACGGCUCCAGUAUUGUCUUUUGGAGUUAUCUUCCCGCCAUGGAGGAUAUUGUUAUUAUUGCUGCGUACGAAGACGUCGCUGGCAAUGUGGCUCCCGCAGGCUUCGACAAGUUCAUGGCUAUUCCAGCCAUUGCUGACACUACGAGGAAAGCAAGCCACAAGAACCUCACUGACGAGCUCGAGCAACCUACUGGAUACCGUGACAUCUGGUUUACCAUGACUUUCAAGAACAACCCCACCGUGUUCAAACACAUUGUCGAUGUCCACACCAAGUUUGUCGAUGCAUGGAAGGCGGAUAACACCGACCACGACUUUAUUACCCAAUGCAUGUUCCAAGCCAUUCCGACCAUCUUUUCCAAGCACAGCGCGGAGCGUGGAGGCAACGUCUUGGGUCUGGAGCUUGUCAAGGACAACGCCAUCAUGCUCCUUUUCGAUAUUGCUGUCAAGGGAGAAGAGACCGAAGUUCGAGCGCGAGAGGCACUCAGGGCCGCCACUGAAGAAAUGCAAAAGUUUGCUGCUAGCCAAGACGCUCUGGUAGACUGGCAGUACCUGAACUACGCCGAUUCGUACCAAGACCCACUCAGUAGCUACGGCGCUGCAAACGUUGCUAAAAUCCGGGCCGCUGCCAAGAAGUACGACCCCAUGGGCAUGUUCCAGACUCAAGCUCCCGGUGGUUUCAAGAUAUCUAAGGUUAAGAACUCUACUUCUUCGAAGAAGGAGCUAUAA